AGUCUUGGUCAACCUUUAUAUCGAUAUGACUUUCACUGAUUUUUAAUGAUUGAAUUAUUAAGUGUUUAGAGUUAUUAGUCGUGCAACGAUAAAAUUGUCAGUAUGGCACAUUUGAAUUUGACACAUUUUAUCUGGAUUGGAUUAUUAAUUUAUUCUAGCUCCGCCUUAAAUUCAUCGUGGAGAUGGGAAUGCGAAAAAAAUUCCUGCCAAAAAAAGAGGAACACGGAUGCUACAAAUUCGACUGCACUUAGUCUUCCAGCUUGUCGUUUAUUUUGUUCUGAUAGUGCAGGAAUAUGGCCAAAACCUACAGGACAAUUCUCCAUGGUUAGUCUUCUGACAAAAAUUAAUGCUUAUAGCAUAGACGUUAUUUCAAAUUCCUCUGGAAGUGCCAUUGCAGGUUUAAUGGAAGGCGCUAUCAAGGAAUUUAGGUCUGAUAUUCAGGCAUCCAUUAAAUCACCUGUAGAAUCUGGAGGAAAGUCUGUAAUGGUGUCUAUCCGUGUAACUAAUUCAUCUAUUAAUCAGCUGACUCUACAAACGGACGAAAGCUACUCUUUGUAUAUUUCGGAGACUAACUAUGGAUUAAUCGAGGUUUCAAUUACAUCCAACAAUUUCUUUGGAGCGCGUCAUGGUCUUCAAACUUUAACUCAAUUAAUUAUCUUUGAUGACUUAAGAAACGAGUUACAGAUACCAACGAGUGCAACUAUAACGGAUAAACCACAUUUUCCGCAUAGAGGAAUUUUACUAGAUACUUCUAGAAAUUUUGUUUCUGUAGAGACAAUUAAAAAAACCAUAAAAGCUAUGGGAGCUUCAAAACUGAACACAUUCCACUGGCACAUUACUGAUUCCCAUAGUUUUCCCUAUGUAUCACGAUCUCAUCCAGAAUUAUCUCAGCUAGGUGCAUAUAGUCCCUCAAAAACAUACACUGCUGAAAAUAUUAAAGAAAUCAUAGAAUACGGAAAAAUCAGGGGAGUUAAAAUCGUUCCGGAAUUUGAUGCUCCAGCUCAUGUUGGAGAGGGAUGGCAGGAUAGUGGUUUUGUAGUGUGCCUAAAUGCUCAGCCAUGGCAAAAUUAUUGCGUAGAACCACCAUGUGGGCAAUUCGAUCCUACACAAGAUAAGUUAUAUGAUGUUAUUGAAGAUCUCUAUGGUGACAUGCUCACCCAAUUUGAACCAGAAUUAUUUCAUAUGGGCGGAGAUGAAGUUGCCUUUCAAUGUUGGAAAAAUACGCCAAGAAUCGUCGAUUUUAUUAAAAAUAAAGGGUGGGACACCACAACGGAUGAAGGUUAUUUAAAGUUAUGGGACUACUUUCAAAAUAAUGCAUUGAAGAGACUUUAUAAAAAAGCAGGUAAAAACAUCCCAGCCAUCAUGUGGACGAGUCAUUUGACAGAACCUCAAAAUUUAAUAAGGUUUCUACCAAAAGAAAAAUAUAUAAUACAAGUUUGGACUUUGGGUAACGAUACACAAAUUAAAAAUUUAUUAGAUGAAGGUUACAACAUAAUUCUAAGUAAUUAUGAUGCUUUGUAUUUCGAUUGCGGAUUUGCUGGAUGGGUUCAAGAUGGAAAUAAUUGGUGUUCACCUUAUAUUGGUUGGCAGAAAGUAUAUGAAAAUAAACCAGAAAAAAUAGCAGGUAAUAAAGUGACUCAAGUGCUUGGAUCUGAAGCAGCUCUGUGGACAGAACAGGCUGACUCCUCAUCAAUAGAUACAAGGUUAUGGCCAAGAGCGGCAGCAAUGGCCGAAGUACUGUGGUCUAAUCCUGCAACUGGUUGGAAAGAAGCCGAGCAUCGAAUGUUAGUACACAGAGAAAGACUUGUCUCCCUUGGAAUAAAUUCUGAUGCCAUCGAGCCUGAGUGGUGUCUUCAGAACCAAGAACAAUGUAGAAUAGGUGCGGCGUUUAAUAAUCCAAAAAUUGAACUAUAACUUGUGAUCACGUAUUAUUAAUUAAAUAUGUUAAAGAUUACUGUUACUUAAAUAUAAUUUUCUUUUCCAUAUCUC